AUGCCUUCCGGCGGUUGUUUCUGUGGAAAUGUUCGCAUCUCCUAUCAAGGAGAGCCUAAAAGGAAGGUUCGUGCUCGCCCUUUCUAUACGACAAGUUUUGUUUCCAGCAAAAAAGCCAACAUUCGUGCCACACAGGCUUUGUGCCACUGCGUCGACUGCCGAAAGAUCUCCGGGAGCACAUACUCGACAAAUAUCCUAGUGGCGGAGAAUGAUUUUACAGUUUCCGGCAGUCCAAAGCAAAUUUCCACGACUGGCGAAAAUGGAAACAUGAUUACCAGCUAUUUUUGUGGCGACUGCGGUUCAACGCUCUGGCGUGAGGGCGUGGGGUUCCCCGGGCUGAAGAUUAUCAAAGCCGGAGUGAUGGACGACUUAUAUGGAUUGGACAACGCGAAACCAGAGAUUGAGUAUUAUUCAGAGCGUCGCGUUGCAUGGGUACCUCAGAUUCCAGGUUCUGAUGGCAUGCUCAAGAUGGGAGCAUAG